AUGUUAAAAAUGACAGAGGAGCAUGACAAGUGUGGCAGCGACCAGCCGUGCAGUCCUUCGGGCACAAACAGCUCCAUGUCCCAGGACGAGUCCGACUCCGACGUUCCGUCCUCACCGACGGGCUCCGACGGCCAGGGCUCUCUGAUCGCCGGUUUGGGCAAGAAGCUGGACUCGGAGGAUGACGACCGCUUCCCAGCGUGCAUCCGGGACGCCGUGUCUCAGGUGCUGAAAGGAUACGACUGGUCCUUGGUGCCCAUGCCCGUGAGGGGGAACGGAUCCCUGAAGAACAAACCUCACGUCAAGAGACCCAUGAAUGCGUUCAUGGUUUGGGCGCAAGCGGCCCGCAGAAAGCUGGCGGAUCAGUAUCCACACCUGCACAACGCAGAGCUAAGCAAGACUCUGGGGAAACUGUGGCGUUUGCUCUCAGAAGGUGAGAAGAGGCCGUUUGUAGAUGAAGCAGAGAGGCUCCGGGUUCAGCACAAGAAAGAUCACCCGGACUACAAGUACCAGCCGCGGCGACGGAAGAACAUGAAACCAGGCCAGAGCGACUCAGACUCAGGAGCAGAGCUGGCACAUCACAUGUAUAAAGCUGAACCGGGGAUGGGAGGACUGACAGGGAUGACUGACGGACACCAUCACCCUGAACAUGCAGGGCAGCCCCAUGGUCCCCCUACACCACCCACUACUCCCAAAACAGACCUGCACCACGGGGUGAAGCAGGAUAUGAAGCACGAAGGCCGUCGCCUUGUUGACAGCAACAGGCAAAACAUCGACUUCAGCAACGUCGACAUCUCUGAGCUCAGCACUGAUGUCAUCAGCAACAUGGAGGCCUUCGACGUGCACGAGUUCGACCAGUACCUCCCGCUCAACGGCCACGCCUCGGCCUCCUCCGCCCUGCCCUCAGACCACAGCCACGGGCAGCCUCCGGCUCCUUACACUUCCUCGUACAGCCACGCAGGCGCCAACGGGUCGGCGUGGAGCCGCAAGGGCGUCACUUCCACCGGCGAGGUGGGACAACACCGGCUCCACAUUAAAACGGAGCAACUGAGCCCGAGCCACUACAGCGAGCACUCCCACGGGUCGCCCUCACACUCCGACUACGGCUCCUACAGCAGCCAGGCCUGCGUCACCUCGGCCACUUCAGCUGCCUCGGCCGCAGCCUCUUUCUCCAGCUCCCAGUGUGACUAUACUGACCUCCAGAGCUCCAACUAUUACAACCCGUACUCUGGCUACCCCUCCAGUCUUUACCAGUACCCGUACUUCCACUCAUCCAGGCGGCCCUACGGCAGCCCCAUCCUCAACAGCCUGUCCAUGGCUCCCGCCCACAGCCCCACCGCCUCCAGCUGGGACCAGCCCGUCUACACCACGCUGUCUCGACCUUAAGGGGGACAAGAAACAGUCAGUCCGCACCAGAGACUCACUCAGAUUGAUGCACUACUAAUGAAGGAAGUACGGAGCAGGUGGUGUGUAGUAGGCUACCUGUGACCAUUUGAACGUUAAAAAACAGACGAAAGAAAAAAAGUGCCUGCUGAUUUUAUACAAAGUUAUAUCGCCGCGGUGAAAACACAAAAGACUUUUUACACAAAAGACAAAUUGUGUUUGUUGGUGAGCCAAAACUCCUCCAUGAGGACAUGUCGCCUACGCCUACAUCCUGUACAUCCCCCAUCUUUUUUCCAGUUUCAAGAUUGCACGUGUGGCGAGGUAAAGCAAAAAGGCCUGCCAUUUGAGUCGUGUAGGAGAGAAACGGCUUGGCUCGACUCUGUUGUGAAGCAGAUGGAGACGCAGAUACAUUGGAGACGGGACCAAUUAUGUGAAUUUACAGUCAAAUUUACAUUAAUGGCCAGAGCUAUAUCGCAGCCAUUUUCAGUCGAUCAGUCUUAACUCAAUUGCUCAUAUGAAUCUUUUAUAGUGUCAUUUUGGCAUAAAAGUCUUUUAUGUAUUUAUGUUCAUGCAUUAUUGUUUUUUUCUUGUUUUUAAGUAGAUAAACACAUGUAAUGUGGGUUUGGUUAUUUACAGUACUGUUUGGCUUUUUAAUGAAAACAAGGUACAUGAAGUGAAAGGACAAUAAUUUUCAAUAUCAUUCCAUUGAAGACCAAUUUUCCUGUAACAUCUCCAUUCCAAGUUGCAAGCGAAGAGAGCAGCAGACUCGCACAGGACAGAACAGGUGUCUGAAAGCUAUGCUUGGCAAAUUGCGAUUAGUCAUGAUCUAGGGUAAAAGGAAAUGGGGUAAAAUAACACCGCACACUCUGAGUGACAUGUCAGCUGGACCUCCUGGAUACGUGGAUGAACAGCACAUGGAUAUGUGUACGUACAUGCAUCUGUGUGUGUCAGGGAGAUAAAGUGCAUGUGUGAGCCGUUUCCUUGGGAAAGAGAUGACAUAACAAUACACGCCGAAUGAUACUUAAACAACUCCUCGCUGGAAAUUCUCUUUGAAUUCAUCCGUUACUUAAAGAAGAGUGUUUUAGCAGGAAAUUUAAGAGUGUGUGAAUGUUUAUCUCAUCGACCAUCAAGUGCCAAUUCACUGCUUGCAGUCUCGCGCAAAAACGUCUUUGUGCCUUCUAAUGCUUAUCGUCAGUAUUUCAAUAUGAAAUUGAAUUCUUAACAAACGUCAGGCAGCACACAAUCAGCAAUCACCACCAGAGAUUCCUACGGUUUAACCUGCUUCCUGAUUAUAUCCUUAAUUUGAUAUCAUUCCUUACAGCCUUUGGUUUGUAACGUUCUGUGAGAUGCUGUGCGAGGAACGUACGGGAGCAUCACAACUGUGUUUUGUAUAUUAUUCUGGUGUAUAAUUUUGAGAAUAAGGCUGUGAAAAUUUAUUGUUGUUCUAUUAACUAGAGUUUCAUUCACACAUGCACAGCUAACCCAUUCGCUGGCCAUUUUUUUUUUUUAAAUAAAAAGAGACUUUUUUUCUUGA